CGCGGAGGCCUGUGCCUUCUUGUAAAAUACUAACUUUUCUACGUAUUUGACAACCCAAAUCAUUUGGCUCGUGAUUUUGACGUCAAUAUAGCCGAAGGAAUGCAGGACUAUGGCAGAAUUCACACAGAUUGAAGCCCCGACUGAGACUAUUACCGAAGAAGCGACCCAAAGCCCAGGGCAACAAAGACUUCAUUUGAAACUCAAGAAGCCAAAAAAUGACAAGAAAGUUCAAUGGAACCAGGAAACAGUAGACAACGAGCAUAUGGGGAAGAAAAAAUCGAAAUGUUGCUGUAUUUAUCACAAACCAAGAAUGUUUGGUGAAUCUUCAUCAUCUGAAAGUGAUUCAGAUGACGAUUGCUGCCACAACUCCUAUUGUUCUGGUCGCAAAAAGGGAGGUCACCCCAACUCCAAGGAUCCUGCCGGGGAUCCAGGCUCUCAUCCUGGUCCUUCUGACCAGUAAAAGUACCAACAGAUAAUGCUAUGCCAGGAAAAAGUACCAACAGAUAAUGCUAUGCCAGGAAAAAGUACCAACAGAUAAUGCUAUGCCAGGAAAAGUACCAACAUACCUAUUAUGCCAGGAGACACAUCUUUGCUCGAAACUUUAUCACAGCAAUAUCAAAUUAUUUAUUUAUUCUGUCACAAUAUCAUGGCUGUCAACCUUUGGAGUUUAUAAGAUGGCAUGUUUUUGGAGCUUUUAGGGCCGAUGAUUUGGUGUCCCAAGCUAGAAAAAGCAGUUGAUUUUAUAAUGCCUUCAAAUGUGGGCACCAUUUUGCCUUUUGCAUGUGGGUGAUAGGGUAGUGAGUUGGUAGCUUUGUAAGAUUGAGCACUCAGUUUGUUGAAUUCAACUGCUUAUACAGACAGAAAUAUGUUUGUCUUGUAGCAUGUGGUAAAAACUGAUUUGAGUAGUGCAUAGGUAGCAUUUUCUCUGAAGCCCUUCUUUUAGAUAAUUGUUACCAGCAAAAUUUUAUGAACUCUUAUAUAUGAUAGAUUAUACCAGGUAUAUAUCAUAUGGCUAUUAAAGAAAAAGUAAAAUCCAAAUAAAAAUUGAUUGAUGGAAGUCAGGAAAAA